GCAGAUUGUUCUAGGAAGUGGGCUGUCAGAGCUGUGGCGUUACGCUACUUCAGCUGGUGUGUCUAGCCCUGUUUUUCUUCUACCGUUUUUGUUCUCCUGUCACCAGUGGGCAUGGUACGCACCAGACUGCUGGGCCUCAGACACCACAAGCAUAUAAGAAGGCCGCUAACGGUUUAACAGCCUGCCGCCGUAAGCAGCGAGGAGUCAACCCAUUUCCCCCCCAGCGGAGGUAUGACCGCAUCACUGUGAGUUGAAGGGACAUCGACUCUUCAAACGUUUUCAACCUCCAAGUCAAAUUUCACUGGAGAGAAAUUUUAGUGUAAACUAUCUUUUCCUGACCGGCACAAGCACUUGUAUCAAGCGUAAUCAUGAGCGCCCACGAGUCGGACCUGCACACCAUCUCCCCGGAGAUGCCGGCCAUGUUUGACGGCGUGAAGCUGGCGGCCGUUGCCACGGUGCUCUACAUCAUCGUCCGCUGCUUGAAUCUGAAGAGUUCCACCGCAGCACCGGACCUCACCUACCAGGACACGGCACUCAACCGCUUCCUGCUCAAGUCCUGCUCUCAGCUGUCCAAAGAGUACAUCCCGCCAUUGCUGUGGGGUAAAAGCGGUCACCUCCAAACGGCGCUGUAUGGUAAACUGGGUCGGGUGAGCUCGCCUCACCCUUGUGGAAUCAGGAAGUAUUUGCCCAUGCAGGAUGGAGCCACGGCAACCUUUGACCUCUUUGAGCCUCUGGGGGACCAUCAAACAGGAGACGACAUCACCAUGGUGAUAUGUCCUGGUAUUGGUAACCAUAGCGAGAAGCACUACAUCCGGACCUUCGUGGACUACGCCCAGAAAGACGGAUACAGGUGUGCCGUGCUGAACCACCUGGGUGCUCUUCCCAACAUCGAGCUCACGUCUCCACGCAUGUUCACUUAUGGGUGCACUUGGGAGUUUGCAGCAAUGGUUGGCUACAUUAAGAGGGCAUAUCCUCAGACCCAGCUGAUCGUUGUGGGCUUCAGUCUGGGUGGGAACAUCGUUUGCAAGUUCCUGGGUGAGAACAGGGUGAACCAGGAGCGAGUGCUGUGCUGCGUGAGCGUCUGUCAGGGCUACAGCGCUCUCAGGGCUCAGGAAACAUUCCUACAGUGGGAUCAGUUCAGACGGUUCUACAAUUUCCUCAUGGCAGACAACAUGAAGAAAAUUAUCCUGUCACACAGGCACAGUCUGUUUGGGGAAAGCUUACUGAAAAAGUUUGAAGCAGAUCUCAAUCGACUGUACAUAGCAACAUCCCUCACGCAGAUUGACGACAACAUCAUGAGAAAGUUCCACGGCUACAGCUCUCUCAAAGAGUACUAUGAAAAGGAGAGCUGUGUACAUUAUAUCCACAAUGUGGAUGUGCCACUGCUACUGGUAAACGCUGCAGACGACCCUCUGGUUCAUGACUCGCUGCUUGCUAUCCCUCGCACAUUAGCAGCAAAGAAGCCGAACGUGAUCUUCGCCCUGACGCUUCACGGAGGCCACCUGGGCUUCUUCGAGGGCGACGUGCUUUUUCCUCAGCCCCUCACCUGGAUGGACAAAGUGAUCGUGGGCUACGCCAACGCCAUGUGCCAGUGGGAGAAACAGAAAGCGCCCUGCCAAGCCACCCACCUCACCGGGAGCUCCUGCGUAGAGGCAAAAGGCUAAGCCUCUGUAACUCUCUCUCUCUUUCUCAUUCUUGAUUUAAACAUCUCACACUUUGCAGCGCCACGGUUCCAACACGGCACUGAGGAGACACUUUAAACUGCUCUUUGUCUCUGCCUUCUCCUCUGGUGCUACUCACCACUUCCAGACACACACACACGCCUUUUACACCCAUUUGAACCCACCAUCACCUUACAUGGUGUGGACAACAAUAACAACCACAGAAAAAAGAAACAAACUGCCUUCACUUCAGAGCUGGAACCUUUUGUCACUCUCCAUACAAACAGCGGUGACGCUCGGGUUAAUGGAUGCAUAGACCAAAUAUAAUAAAAGAUCAAAGUUGAGCUGACUUUAAUUGGAAAGAAAUGCCAGUAUGACAUAGGUGGGGGUUUUUUAACCAAUGAGAAACAAGCACAUAAGAAGUCAUAGAAAGUAAGGUCAGUGCGACUGCCGGUGCCUAUUUACUGCACCCAUAAGAAGCUCACUGCUUAUCACCGCCAAGCCCAUAGAGCCUAGUUUGCUGUAUUUGUAGUGUGUGUGUGUGUGAGCUGGGAGAUGUUAAGAGUACAUCUGCAUGUGUCUGGGUCACCAACGAUGGGACGUAGAGUCUUUUUUGUUUUAUGCAAAUUAUCCUUUCAUGGGCUGUUGUUUUUUUUUCCGAUGACCUAUUGUUUGUUGCGCAGUAGAAAAAAAAAAGAAUAAUUACCCUGGGAUUUUUCUGCAUCAUUUGCAGCUCAUAACAGCCUCCGGCUGCUCAUGUUUGUUGUUUAAAAUCAAACUUUAGCGUUUUCUCUGCAAACAUGACCGGGAGCAAACCACAAGAUGAGAAGAAACCCACAUUCCCUCACGCACAUUCUACCACUUUAAUUCAGUGUACUUUACACCCCGAAUGCCACGAUGUUUUGCGGAUGUGUGAGUAUUGCGUUUAGUAACGGUUUAGCUGUCCUUUGACAAAUAUGAAGAGUUAAAAGGAUGAUAACAAGCGGUUACAUGACUCACUUUGCUCCCCAGAAAGUGUCUCUUGAGCCCUCUUACUUCCUGUUACCUUUGAUCAGCUGCAGGUUCAGCAGUCGGACUCUGAUUACGACCAAACGAUGUAGAAAAACACAAACUGAUCCAAUGAGGUGCAGAAGUUUUGUUGUUGUUUUUUGUGUUUUUUUUUACUUCUGUGAGCUGUGAGGUUUGGUGAGUAGGAGGGCUAAAGAUACCCAGGCUGAAGCCAACUUUUACUUUAUUGGAUUGCGAUUGCCCUGUAUGUAUAUUCAGGUGAAGGAGGCUGCUUGUCAGAAGGAAAAUAGCUUUCAGUUCUUUUUGAGUAUUUUUUUUUUCUUUCAGCCGACGUAUUUAAGAGCUUAUUGUAUUUAUUUAUGUUUUCUUUCCACCACCAUACUGUGUUUAAAGUGUUGGAAGCGCCACAGCACGAUGUCAAAAUCAAACUGUAAGUGCUGGGACGUGUGGAUCUGUCACAACCAGGAUCUGUGUUCAAAGUUAACACGAACCUUGUUGUAAGGGCUCAGGAAGCUUCUGUCAGCGCUUCAUCCAGACUGGGAACCCUGUGGUUGAAAAGCUGCUGCUGAACACUGUGACGAUGAGAGACAUGGGUGGUUUGAAAUGAUGAUGUGAAUGACAACAGUGCCUUUUGUUAAGCUGUAAGAAUCAAAACCGGUCCAUGCCAAACUUCAUUUUAUUUACUCAGGUAAACUAACUGAGCUGCUAGAAUAACACGUAUGGUUAAAAAAAAAGUUUAUAUUUUGAGCCUUUAACUUUUUAAUUCUCUGUAGACAGUGUGUAGUUUAGCUUUUUCUCUUCAUUGCUUUAAUAGUCUUGACUAAAAUUGGCUGUGAUUAAGCGCUAAGCUCAUCUGUAAGUCUAUACAUUUCCACAAAGUAUAUAUACUCAGAACAGAUGUUAUAAAUUCCAGAUAGUAAUCUCCCCACUAUGAUGAUUAGACCCAACUUUCAGUGAGGAGAAAAUUGAAAGAGAGAUUGACCAGAAUCAGAACGUAUUCAACUAGACAAAUCUCCAAUAUCUUUACUUUUUCUAAUGUGUACUCAGCCACAUCAGUUGUUCUUCGCCUCUAAUGGCACUGUUGCCAUCUGCUGUCAGGGAGAUGUAACUACAACUCCCAGACUUUCAUACCUAUCGUCUUCUCAUCCACCCACAGUCUUGCUGCAUGGUUUCACCUGUCCACAGCUCUCGUUUCUUACUAAGCAGACGUUAUUUUGGGGUUCUUCAGGCUCACUGAAGGGUCGUCACCAGCACUAACCCAGAUUCUGCACUAAAGCCAUUUGGUAUUCUUUUCAAGGCCUCUCUCUCCAACUUUGCACAAAACUACAUCCUUGGAUGUAUUAUUUAGAUCUUUUUGUGUAUAUUAUUUUUCUUGUUUUGUAUUUUGUAUUUCCAUUUUGUCACUUUUUCUUUUGUUAGUUGCUUGGUAAACGCAGCAGUUUGCGUCUUGUGUAAAUGGGAGAAUACUGUGUCAUUUCAAUACCUCUGAUCGUCAAUUACCAAAAAUUUAAGAACAAAAAAAGGUGAAUUAGAUGGACUUUAUUAUUUUUUUUAAAGGGACCAGUAAUAUAAAUAUCAUGGCAAUAACCAGUCAGGGAUGUUUUUUUCUUUUUUUGACACUAUUGAGAUUUUAAACGGGGCAAAACUAUUAUACCAAACAUGCCGUACACUUUGGGGUAAUUUUGUAAUAAGUUGUGGAAUCUAAAAAGUUCUGAUGUAAGACAUUUAUCCUAACGCCAGUGCUUCAGGAGUCAGGAUUCUGCACUCAUAUUUACUUGCUUGCAAACAAACACAUCAUUUAUCCCCGAUUGCUUUAAAUAUAUAAAAACACAAACAAUCGCUAGGCUGUAUGAUGGUUGCUCAUUGUGUUCCUUUAAACACUUUUCCUUUCUUUCUUUAUUAAAAAGUCAUUCAGCCUAAAACACUUGGGUAAGAACAUAUAGGUAUCUUUAUACAGCUUUAAUUUAGUUUUUUUUUUGAGUAUGGUAUAAGGAGUGUGGUGACAGCUUGAAGGGACCUGCACAGUCACACAACACGGUGUACUCUAAGACUGAACACUGGCUAUUUUGUUUUGGUUUUUUAAAAAGAAAACCAGUGGAGUGUGUGAUCUAAUUGUGAGGAAACAUGGUUAUUGUGUUCUUAAAUAAAUUAUUUUCUCAAAUGAA